AGCGAGAGGUCUGAUCGGUGGAAGGUAUAGAAAGCCAAGGUGAGAGUCACUGUAAUGACCGCCGACGAACGGAUCCUUACCAUUGACGUCGAGCCUUAUGAAACUGUAAACAGUGUGGAAAACGUAAAAGCUUUGCUCGAAGUGGAGGUGAGAGACUGUUUUUGGAUUUAAUUGAUUUGUGUUAUGUUUCUGAUAAAGAUUGGAUUUUUGAAUUCCUGCUCAUCUUCGGUUCAAGACAAAGUCUAAGUCUUUUUCACUUUUUUCAAUUGGGUGUUCAUUGUUCUUUUGUUUUAUUUUGCUUUACUGGGUUUUGAAAGUUUGGAGCCCAGCGAAUGCCGAUUUAUGAAU